GUAUUCACGCGCCGGAAGUGCAUUUACGGAGUGAGACAAAGGAGAGAACGCAGGUGGGCCUGUUGCGGAGUAAGCUUUUGAGUGAGAAGCAUCGGGGCUGUAUAGGAAGCGGCAGUUGCCAUGACGGCCCAGGGGGGCCUGGUGGCUAACCGAGGCCGGCGCUUCAAGUGGGCCAUUGAGCUAAGCGGGCCUGGAGGAGGCAGCAGGGGUCGAAGUGACCGGGGCAGUGGCCAGGGAGACUCACUCUACCCAGUCGGUUACUUGGACAAGCAAGUGCCUGAUACCAGCGUGCAAGAGACAGACCGGAUCCUGGUGGAGAAGCGCUGUUGGGACAUCGCCUUGGGUCCCCUUAAACAGAUUCCCAUGAACCUCUUCAUCAUGUACAUGGCAGGCAAUACUAUCUCCAUCUUUCCUACUAUGAUGGUUUGUAUGAUGGCCUGGCGACCCAUUCAGGCACUUAUGGCCAUUUCAGCCACUUUCAAGAUGUUAGAGAGUUCAAGCCAGAAGUUUCUUCAGGGUUUGGUGUAUCUCAUUGGGAACCUGAUGGGUUUGGCAUUGGCUGUUUACAAGUGCCAGUCCAUGGGACUGUUGCCUACACAUGCAUCAGAUUGGUUAGCUUUCAUUGAGCCCCCUGAGAGAAUGGAGUUCAGUGGUGGAGGACUGCUUUUGUGAACCUGAGAAAGCAGCACCUGCUGCCUAUGUAUUUGGGUCUUUACACCCUUCUUUAAGCCCAGUGGCUCCUCAGCAUACUCUUAAAAUCACCACUCAUGUUAAAAAGAACCACAAAGGUCUUUUCUCCAUGGUGGGGUGACAGGUCCUGGAAGGACAGUGUGCAUAUUACUAUAAACACAAAGAAAUUAUACCACAACCCCUGACUGAAAAUAAUGUAGAAAACUUUAUUUAUGUUUCCAGUACACAGCAAAACAACAAAUAAAAUCAUAACUCUAUGUAAACAAGAGAAUAACUGCUGCUAAAUCAGGAAGUGUAGCAGCAUAUCCUUUCAAUAAAUUAAAUGGUUGAGAACAAUGCAUAAAAAAAGUUGCACAAGUUCCCUUAAAUCUAUUUUCCUUAAUAUUUCACUUCUAUUUAAUACAAGCUGGGACAUCAUAAAAAUUCUGUUGGAGACACUUAUGGAAGAUGUAAGAAAAUAAUGCAGGAUUCAGCUUAUACAUGAUGAAAAGAAAAAUAAACCAGACCAAAAGAGCACAUAAACAUGCAUACAGUCUAACUGUUGUUUUAAUACCCACAAUAAGGGAUUUAUGUUAACAUGUUUAGGGGGAAUGAGGAUUGGUGGGAUCCUUGGGGCCACAGGAAUCUGAGGCAACAGAAGAUACAUAUAGUGAUCUUACCCCUGCCGAGAGGAAGCUGGCACCUGUCAAGCAGAUGCUGCAGUUCAGACGUAAGCUUUUAAGACAGCUAUUAAAGGCAGAGGGUCAGCAAUAGGAGGAUGUGUAUUUCUAAUCUGCCCUGGUAAAGUCAUAGGUAAGACUCAAAAGCUUGAUCUUAUUCAAGAGGCAGGUAUUUCCUUUGUCUUUUCUCUUGAAACAGCCCCUUCCCCUAAGGUGCAUUCUCUCAAGUUUUCAGUAUUGCUUUAUUUGCAGUGAUUAAGAGAGAUGAAAGACUUUGGAGACACCAUAAGCAACACAUACAGACAUGAAAUGCUCUAGACAGAGAUUAGUAUAAAUCUGGCCUAAUAACCAUUUUUCCAUGUAAUAGUGAUUUUGAGUAGUGGCUACAUUAAUAGCCACUAAUUCCCUUAUCCCUUUAAAAGAUUUUUACAGAGCUCCAACCACAAACAGCACUUCUAAAACUAACUUUUAUUGUCUGCCCAUAAUUUGUUCUACAUGGAAACAAAAAUACCACUUUGGCCAGGGGUGUGUGUAAAUGUGGGGGAAUUCCUAGGCAGGCUGACCUUUACAAUAUGGGUCUUUAAGAUACUGGAUCCUGGCUGGGUACAGUGGGUCACACCAGCACUCUUGGAGGCCAAGGCAGGCAGACCACCUGAGGUCGGGAGUUUGAGACGAGCCUGAUCAACAUGGAGAAACCCCGUUUCUGCUAAAAAUACAAAAUUAGCCAAGUGUGGUGGCACAUGCCUGUAAUCCUAUCUACUCAGGAGGCUGUGGCAGGAGAAUCACUUGAACCUGGGAAUUGAAGGUUACGGUGAGCUGAGAUUGCUCCAUUGCACUCCAACCUGGGCAACGGGAACAAAACUGUCUAAAAAAAAAAAAAAAAAAAAAGGUACUUAGCGGGACCUGACACUACUGUUAGAAGCAACUAAGCAAUGGAGUGUUGCAGUGGUAGUUAUAAACAAUGUUUCUAUCAUCUGCAGGAGGGAACAGAAAAAGACUUAAGAUCCUAUUUGGGCUGCCAUCCUGAGUUCGCCUGGAGGUUGAAGAAAGAGCAGAGGGAACAAAUCAAAAUUACUCAAUUAAGCUACACUGAAGAGUUUUCUCUGUACUUACAGGUCAAAUGAAUAAUCUGUGACACUUAGAUCAGCUUCCUCCGUGUCCUACUGAGUACUCAAACAAGAGUGGCACUAUUUGUGACUAUUAAAUUGAAAUUCAAAAACAGCCAUGAAUAAAGGCAAGAAAAGUUAAAUACCUAUUCUGUAAAAGAAAUGAAGAUUUCAUAUACUUGAAAUUACUGCUCAGCCAGCCAAAUAGUUUCCCUAUGCUUGUAAGCCAGAUGUUGUGUGAUGAGUAAAUAAAAAGCUGAGCUUGCACAAGUAUUUCCUUGGCACAUUGAACUUUCUUUUUGAGAUGAAGUAUUGCUCUGUUACCAUCCUAGACUGCAGUGGUGCAAUCCUGGCUAACUGCAACCUCUGCCUCCUGGGUUAAAAAGAUUCUCCUGCCCCAGCCUCCUGUAGUAGCUGGGAUUACAGGCGUGUGCCACCAAACCUGGCUAAUUUUUGCAUUUUUAAUAGACACAGGGUUUCACCAUGUUGGCCACCAAGUCUUGAACUCCUGAACUCAAGUGAUUCACCUGCCUCAGCCUCCAAAAGUGCUGGGAUUACAGGUGUGAGCCAUAGCACCUGGCCUGAACUUUCUGAAGAAAAAAAAAAAAAUAGAAGACUGUUGGCUUGGUUAAUCUCUUAGUUCAGAGCCAAGUGUCUGUAGUCAAAAUGAAGGAUAAAAUUGAAAGGAAAAGGGGAAAAUGCUUAUACUUGGCAUUAAGUUGAAUGCCUCAAGUCUUAACUACUGCUUUGUAGAUGAGGCAACAGAUUUCUUAGUGAAAGUAAAAUUUCUUCAACAGGCCAAUGCCAGUCUGAAUGCCAUUUUAGUAAAGUAGGUAAGGAGAACAGCCGCUCAGUAACUGGCACUAAAGAAAGAGUAUGGCUCUAGAACUUCCAAUUACAUUGCCAGAUGUGCCCUUUAAAAGACAGUCUAGUGCUUUCAGGGAAGGAUUUUUAGCCAGUUUUCCUUGAAUUUGUUCCUUAAGAUUUUCUGACCUGUGCUUAAUAAGAGGGCAUAAAAAAAGGCAUGGGGGAGGGUGGUGGGUGGAGCCGGGGGAAGUAGAACCUAUUGGUUAAUGCGCAUCAUGACCUGCAUUUCUUAGAUAACAGCUUGGAUGUUUUGUCCAUGUUGUAUAGAGAACCACAGACUAUUGCAGUAAAUGUUAAUAGCUUCCUUUUGGAGUUCUCUUAGUUUGGCUAUUUGAAAGGAAACUGAAAGGAAUAAUUUUUACCUUACCAAAAACAAUUUCCAUGGUAACUGCCUGUGUUACAACCACAGAACGGGUUCUGAGUUAAGAGAAACAAUUGAAGUAUACACUGAUACAGUAUGGAUACUUAAAUCUGUUUUUUUGGGGAAAUAUUUAUGAAGAAGUAGAGGCUGCAGCUGUGUUUCAAGUUUUGUACAUUAGUAUCCUAAUAUAGAAUUAGAGCAGUGGGUAUGCUAAAGAAAUAUAGCUAAAAAAUGUUUGCAUCUUGGCUUGCCAAGGAUAAUAGGUCCACAUAUACUUGACCAUAAAUUCUUUAGUAAGAUAAAGCUGUGUCUGGUUGUCAUCCGCACAGUGCCAUCAUUGAACCAUGACUUCUGAGAUUGAUCUUUAAUGUCGAAUAUGUACUUGACUUUUUUUCUUCAGUUGAAUUUCUGGCAUCCCUUUUACCAAUUCAUUUAUUGGCUCAGCUUGUUAAUUCUAACUUGCCUUUGACUGGUCAGACGUGGCUCCUAAGACUUGAACAUUGUUCUGAUGUUGAGGGAGUACUUGCUUUUUCUGUAAGAACUGUAGAUCAGAUGGGAGCUCUUUAACACAGGUACUUGAGGCUCAGCUCAUCAAGAGUUCAGUAUGAUGUGUAUACAACACAGGCUUCUAGUUGAGUGGGAGUGGUAGUAAUGAGCUGGCACUUCCAUGGAGGAUGUAGGCCUUUUAAGAAAACAGGCCAAGCACAGUCAUUCAGAGUAGAUUAUGAAUAAAUGGUGAUCACUUCACUGCCACCACCCCGGACAAGUAGGACUCGCUCUAGUCCCUCGGUAAGCACCUCUAGGAACUCCAUGUCUUCAGAACUUGUCAAGGAGACAGGCAAAAAGUACAAACUUACAACCUGGCAUCAUAAUCUGAAGUUACCUGGUCAUAGAGUUACAGAAUUAGCUGCUGAAUUAUAUAUUCAGAAAAGUCUGAACUUUGUAUUGAAAUUAACCCUGUGAAGUAACCAGGGAUCCAGGUGCAUACAUAAUACAGGACUCCCAUUUGUUAUUUUCUAAAUGUUAUUUUAAAAAUGGGAAAACCUACAACUAUUAUUCUAAAUAAGAUAAAAAUGAUGAAAGAAGAAAAAAAAAAACCACAAUAGGGCAGCUAACAAGAUGCCUAGAGAGAACCCAAGUAAUUUUUAAGUGAAGCUUCUCAAGUCAGAAUUUUCUGCCAGUUCAAUUUGUCUUUUUUUUUUAAAGACUUCUUUUUCUUUCUUUCCUUUUUGUUUUUCUUUCUUUCUCUUCUUUUUUUUUUUUUGAGAGGGAGUUUUGCUCUUGUUGCCCAGGCUGGAGCGCAAUGGUGUCAUCUCAGCCCACUACAACCUCUGCCUCCCAGGUUCAAGUGAUUCUCCUCCCUCAGCCUUCUGAGUAGCUGGGAGUAUAGGCACCUGCCACCACAUCCAGCUAAUUUUUGUAUUUUCAGUAGAGAUGGGGUUUCACCAUGUUGGCCAGGCUAGUCUCGAACUCGUGACCUCAGUUGAUCCACCUGCCUUGGCCUCCCAAAGUGCUAGGAUUAUAGGCAUGAGCUACCAUGCCCGGCCUAAACCUCUUUUUUUUUAAAAUGGUACUGGUGGGAAUAAGCUAAUCUAUGUGGUUGCAGUGCUGAACAGUUUCCCUCAUGUCAGAAGUCCUGGGAUGAAGGUAUGAGAAAGAAUCCAUAUCUCUUUUUUCCCCCUCAGUUAAAGGAGGUUCUAUCUCAGCUUCUUUCCUAACUUUAUCGAAAAUAAAAAGGUUUUGCAAAGUGGGUAGAGCCUGAAACGGAGAAAGGAUGUGGAUAUGCUUUCCGUAGGAUUGUGAGGAAGGGUUUUAUACACUGAAUAUUAGCUGUCAUGUUGCAAAUACACCAUCUAAAAAGUCUUCUAGAAUUGAAUUAUAUUUGCCCCAACUCCCCUAAAAGAAUUAACUUUGUAAAAAUUCUUACCUAAGAUUUUUCAGUCUUCCUUAAAGAGGGAAAGUGGGGGGCAUAGACAAUAACUUUUAUAGUUACCCUGUUACCUCAUCUCAGAAAGAGGCUAAGGAGAUUUUCCCUACUGGAAGCCCCACUCUUGGAAAGGAUACAGUUUUCAUCACCCUCGGGGUUUCGUGGUGGCCCUGGCAUAUUCAAUAAAACCAGCUUUGCUUCAUGGGACUUGUUAACUAUAACCUCAUUGAGUUUCACUGCUGUAUGCAUCCGCCUCACAUUGGACUGGUCUCUGAGUGGGAAAGAAAUAAAGAUUGUUAAGGUAAAAAGAAAACUAGCUAUACAGUCAACCUUAAAAACUUGAUAUCCAGAGCUUUUUCACUUGACUAUGGAUAAUCUGAUAAAAUGAGUUUUCUUUUUUCAUUUGAGAAGGAGUUUCGCUCUUGUUGCCCAGGCUAUAGAGUACAAUGGCGUGAUCUAGGCUCACUGCAACCUCUACCUCCUGGGUUUAAGCGAUUCUCCUGCCUCAGCCUCCCAAGUAGCUGGGAUUACAGGCACCCACCACCACUCCCAGCUAACUUUUUUUGUAUUUUUAGUACAGACAGGGUUUCACCAUAUUGGCCAGGCUGGUCUCAAACUCCUGACCUCAGGUGAUACGCCCACCUCUGCCUCCCAGAGUGCUAAGAUUAUAGGCAUAAGCCACUGCUCCUGGCCUAAAAUGAUUUCUUUAUGAUAUUAAUAUCUGGGUUUUCUCAUUCUCUGUUUGCUUAUUUUAUACUAAGAACACAGUAUGGAGGUGAACUAUGUGGAUAGAGAGGAUGGUUAGCUUGCGUACACUGUUCAUUGGGAGCCAGUACGAACAGGAAAACAAUAAUGAGGUGGCCAGAUUCGAGGUGAAAUGAACAGACUCUAUCCUGUAUAUCCAGGCAAAGUCACAUUUGUGCCACUGAUUAGGUUAUUAUAUUUUAUGACAAACUUGGGAGUGGGAAAACUUACGGACGCAUGUUAAGCAGGUCCUGGAAUCCUUCCAUUGACUUGGCUUUUUGUCCCCGGGAUGCCAUGUACUUGUCUUUUGUCCAAGUCAUGUGCACCUUCUCCUGAUAGGUUUCUGUCUCUUCAUCCUCAUCAGAGCCAAUGCUGGUCAAUCGUAGCAUUGAGUUUCGAUCUUUGACCAACUGUGCCUGAGGAAGAUCCAACACAAGUUAUUCUACCAAAUUUUCUCUCAUGCUUCUUCUUCAGUUAUUUUGAAGUAAUAAUAGGGUUAUAGAGGAAUAACUGACAGUGAGAAGGAAAGAAUUUGUCAUCCUGUGAAAACAAUAUAGUAUCAUCCCUUUCAGUGAGAGCCAGGACUGGAUUGAUGCAGUAAGGUCUCACCUCUCUGUCUCGCUCUGUUUUGGACAGCCGCAUGUGCCGGAGCAUCUGGGACCUCUGCUCCAUCAUCAAAGUGCGCUCGUAAGUAUAAGCUGAUAUGUCACUGUCAUGCUGCCAUAGACAUCACACAAAGGGGGCAAAAAGCACAAAGGAGAAAGAAGGAUGACCCACACAUUUUUAUUUCCAGUCACUAAAUUAAACCAGGGAAAACCUCACAAUAUUAACCUAAGUUUCUCCUCAAUUUUGUUUAGUCAUUGAGCUACAUAAUGUUUUUGUGAUUGUUGAUAAAAUCCAGAGGACCUGAGAAUCUUUUUCAUGAUCUAACCAAUAGAUGUGUUGCCUUGAAACACAAAACACAAACUCUAGUCUUUUUAAUACUGUUCGAUUUUUUUUUAAAGCCAUGUGUGAUUUUAAGCUGAAUAUAUGAAUUAAAAUUUCAUAGAACCAUAUUAAGCAGAUGAGAAUCUGGCAGAAAUAUCAGCGCUAUGUAAUAAACAAGAAUGUAAAAACAAAAAGCAACAUCAAAUAUGCAUCACAUAUACAUCCUAUUUAGGUUAACAAAUUAGGGGGGUUUUUUUUUUGGCACUAGGGGAUUAAUCCACAUUUAGAGCUGAGUAAUUCCCCAAACCAGAAAAGAUUCAAGGAAGACGGGGACAGGAAUGGGGGAAUGAACCUCUUGUAUCUCAAACUCAGCUUUCUCACCAUCUCCACCACUUCUACCUCCGCCUCAAUGCGCAAGUGAUACAGGAAAGUGGCUAGGUCCUUCUUCAUUUGGAUACUGUUGUCUUCUAGUUGGGCUACUGUGAAGAUCCGUAUGCUGCACUUCCGCCACACCUUAGAGAGAGACAUACAUAUAUGGAAAAUUAGAGCAAGGAGGCAAAAAAAGUUACUUCCUAAGAGACACUGUGGUCUAGAAGAACCUUGCUAUAUAUAGUAUGAGGGUAUUUGUUCCUAGCUUCCUACUUGCUAUGUUAUUGUAACUAAACACCGAACUUAAUACAGUUUUAAGGAGUCCUUAAUUUCAUAACAAGAAAACACUGGCAAAAGAUGGCUCAUGAUACAUUAAGAGGGUGCUUUAUUCAGAUAGUACAUUGAUGACAACAUGCAGACUAUAAUAUUUACUAUUUUAAAUUUCAGUUUAGUCUUACCAUAGAAUGGGCAUGUAUAUGUGUGCAAUAUACAGACAAUAGGCAGGUUUCAAAUACAAAGACAAUGAUUUCUCUUACGGUUGAAAUUGGAAUCAUGGUAGAGCCCAGAAUAACUUCCAACCCUUCUGAUUCUAAGCUCCAACACUAUAUAAUCAAAGGAAGAAUCUGUCUAGUGAACCAGGACAGAAGGGAGAAAGACUUUUGUGGAAAAAAAAGGUGUCUAAAAUACCUUGUGCUGUUUCAGUAGGAAUGGCAGUAGCAUGAGCAUGCCCCCAUCAUGCACAAUCCACCACACAUCAAUGUUGCCUUCAGAAAAUUGUUCCACAUUGCUGGGAAAGAAGGAGAUGUUUUUAGCCACCAGCAGUGCCAGAUGGGCAGCAGUUGUCACUCGAACUGUGCC